AUGGCUGAGAACGAGCGCCGAUAUGAAAAUGCGAAGCGCAAGGCGGAAGUUGAGCUGGACCGCUGUCGUAAUCACAUUCGAAAAGAGUUCGAACAAAGAAGGAAACGAGCAGAAGAGACGUAUAAGGCCGAAAUUGAGGGGUUGCGUCAUAAGCUUGACAAAAGACUCAAAGAUCUUGAACAAGCGCAAACGGAUAUGGCUGUCACGAAAUUUCGACGUCUUUCUAUGGAUCAGUCAAUUAGAUCACGCGAAGAACGCGAGAGGAAGAUGCGUGAAGUGAACGAAGCCAGUAAGCAAGUGUUCAAUGAUGAACGGAAGCGUUUCUCUGUUGGGUAA